AUGCGGCGGGAUGGACCAUUAUCAGUACAAUUGCUCAAAAAACUACUAGAGGGAGUGUGUGAUGGUCGCACUUCCUUUCCACAAUUUCAUCCGUCACUUAUUAUAAUUGAUACAAUUGUCAAUGGUCAAUCAAUUCACGCAAUGGUUGAUACGGGGGCUACUACAUCCUUCAUUUCACAAGCUGAACUUGAUAAUAUUAUGCAUCCACCAAUUCAACCGUUAAACAUUCAGUUGCCUGAUGCUUUUGUUGAAAUAAAAGAUUUCUCAUUUUAUAUGUGCAUUUAUAAUCCUCAUAAACAUGUCCAUGAUAAGAUGCAUGAUAAGAAAUAAGAAACUAGAAAUAAAAGCGAUAGAAGAACAGAUAAGUUUUUAUCGUAACAGAAUAAGCAUCGCUAAUCCUCGUUAUCUAGAUCACAUAGACAUUAUCCUUGCCAAUCUCG